AAAAACAACAAAUACUGUACUUUAACAUUACACCCCUGGCACUGUAAUUGUAUAAAUCACAAUAAUCACUGAAUUAAUUUAGUUCCUUUAGGACCCAGCAGAGCUCCUCGGUGUCUAUCCCUGUGAUGUAGUACACAUUCUGCCCCUGACGUUUGUGUUGUGGUGUACUGGUAGGGAUCUAUAAUCAUUCAGCUUUGCAGACUGUGGGACACACUAAUCUCCAUUAUAUGAAAGUGUAUUGUCUGAAACUCAACAUCAGGCUGCUGAAUGUGCGCCUUCCAUGUCUAGGUAAAUUGUUACCUGGUAUCAAUCUCAGUCUGAAUGUCGUGCUUCGAGGUUUGAUGCAGGCUGUUGCUAGCUAGCUAGAUAGCUAACGUUAGGACAUUUCACUAGCAGAAUUUCUAGCUAACUUUUUUUGGUUUUCAAACUUCUGCAUGCUUUAAAAUAUCAAUCACGUUGAACUCGCACCUAAUUAUGCUCGCCAUUUCAACACGGGGCUUUCUGUGGUCGGAUGUCGAGACCAGAACCCUGCUUAACAUCUGGGGCGAGCAGGACAUCCAGACAGCGUUGGAUGGAAACUUCAGAAACAGUCAUGUCUACCGCGACGUCGCCCGAAGGUUGGGAGAGAUGGGGUUCGAAAGAACCCCGGAGCAGUGUAGGGUGCGAAUCAAAAGCCUGAAAAGGCAGUUCCUCCUGGCCAAGGAGGGCAACCUGAGGAACAAUGGACAAUACCACAAGAUCUGCAAAUUCUACGAUGCCAUGGAGAGGAUCCUGAGCAGCCGUCCCCAGAUUGACCCCCAGGAGCUGCUAGACAGUGGGGCUGUGGGGGAUGAGAUCAUGGAUGGGACAGAGGAGGAAGAGGACACAGACCCUCCACAGCACCCAUACCUGGAGAGCACAGGGGAAUGCUCCUAUCCAGAAACCCAAGUGAAGAUGGAAUACCCUCCCAUCCCUAUCCCUGUGACCGUGGGAAAUGGCACCACAGUCAGACAGACCAGCAGCAGCCAGUCAGCUAGUGGGCCCUCCUCCAGCCGACCCAAGCGGCCCAAGAAGCGGCACGCCGACCUGCCCCUGGACAGUCUGAUGGAGCGAUUCCUGGAGCAGAGUGCUGAGGCCGAGCAGAGGUUCUAUCAGUUGGAGGAGCAGCGUCUGCAGGUCGAGGACCGGCGACGAGAGGCUGAACAUGCCCGCGAGCUCCACAUGCUCCAGGUGUUGGGACAGAUGUUCUCCAGCAUCGCAACCAGAAACCCUGUCGCCCCCGCAACCACAGCAAUGCCGACUGCUCGGAAUACCAUGGAGUCUACCAUGCAGCCCGGUGUGCCGAUGUCCGCCUCCAGCCAUAUGAUGCGUGGUCGUUCGUGUCACCUCCGAGUCCGCUCGCCCCAAUCCCAGGCUGAGUGGCCCAGCUACCACACUCAGCCACAGUCCAACACAGGUUCUCAGACUUUAGUCAUCGAGCGCUCCUUCUCCCUUGGGACAGCCGCACGCACAGGCAUGGAUGAUAUCCUUCCACUGGUGAAAAAUAUAGUCCCUCCAUUGACAUCUAAAAAGCACAAAGGCCAAGACGGGCGGAUUGGGAUUAUUGGGGGAUGUCAAGAGUAUACAGGAGCUCCGUACUUUGCUGCUAUUUCUGCAUUGAAAGUGGGGGCCGACCUGUCACAUGUGUUCUGCACUAAAGACGCAGCGGUAGUGAUCAAAUCCUACAGUCCGGAGCUCAUAGUUCAUCCUGUGCUGGACAGCCCCAAUGCAGUGGAGGAGAUAGAGAAAUGGCUCCCCAGACUCCAUAGCCUGGUGGUGGGACCGGGGCUAGGCAGAGACGACAAGCUGCUGAAAAACGCCAAGGAAGUAAUUGAGAAGUCCAAAGCAAGAGAUAUCCCUAUAGUUAUUGAUGCAGAUGGGCUGUGGCUGGUUGCUCAGCAGCCAUCAGUCAUCCAAGGUUACCAGAAGGGCAUCCUGACUCCCAACUACAUGGAGUUCACCCGGUUGUAUGAGGCUAUGGUGAGUCUGCCAGUGCUAGCUCAGUGUGUGUGUUUGUUCAUUAUUAACCCUCUGUGUUUUCAGUACCAUGAGCCUCUGGAUAGCAGUGACCAUCAGAGGAGUGCCAUGGAGCUCAGUGUUGCCAUGGGCAACCUGACCGUGGUGCUCAAGGGGGAGGAAGACCUAAUCACCGACGGUAACAAGGUGAUCUUGUGCAGACAGGAGGGCAGCGGGCGGCGGUGUGGGGGGCAAGGAGACCUCCUAUCUGGCUCUCUGGGAGUGCUGGCACACUGGGCAUACACCUCCUCAGCAGACAUGACCAAAAGUGUGAACCCAUCAGUGGUGGCAGCUUUUGGGGCCUGUUCUCUGACCAGACAGUGUAACAAACAGGCCUUUCACAAACAUGGCCGAGCCACCACCACCACAGACAUGAUCCAGGAGAUCAGCUCUGCCUUCAAAAAACUAUUUGAGAGCUGAGAACAGUCUAUAGGAGCAGAGUCCAAGAUAAAGUCACAUACAUAUGUACUGUACAUACACUAUAUAUACAAAGGUGUGUGGACACCCCUUCAAAUUAGUGAAUUUGGCUAUUUCAGCAACACCGUUGCUGACAGGUAUAUAAAAUUGAGCACACAGCCAGGCAAUCUCCAUAGACCAACAUUGGCAGUAGAAUGGCCUUACUGAAGAGCGUGGCACCGUCAUAGGAUGCCACCCUCCCAACAAGUCGGUUCAUCAAAUUUCAGUUUGACGAACAGGUGUCCACAUACUUUUGGUCUUGUAGUGUACUGUACAUGUAUACAUAAAGUAUUACAUUCAUGCACACGAACAACCCUUUCUUCCAUGGGAAUCCAACUAUCAAUGUAGCUAGUCUUUACCUCAGACAGAAAAGCUAAAGCCCAGGAAGUGAAUCCGAUAGCGCCUCUCGACAAUGUGCCAUUUAAAGGUAGUUUCCGAUUGAGUAAACAUUUGCAUCGUUUUACCAUGAAUGCAAUAUUCACGAGAGCUGCAUUGUUGACAACCCUCGAUCGGAUUGAGUUCAUAAGAAAUAAUUCACACAAAAAAGAAUGACUCCAACAUAUGAAACCACUUCUAGCAUAGCUACAGGAAGAUGUUUGGGAGUGCUCCACUUUUUUUUGCCCACGCUACAGAAGGCUAUAUCGGUUCGCUAUAAUGCGGACUAGUAAAACCCAGUGCGGUACUUUAGUGAAAAAACUAAAUGAAAAAAAUGCAUUAAUUAACUACUACUUCCCACUGGUAUGACUCAUAGUUUAUUUGUGCUCAAUAAGCUAUAGACCUUGAUUUUUUUUUUUAGAUUGAUGAAUUAAUUGUGGCUAUGUUGUCUCUCAUACACUGGACCCAUUAAAACAAAAAAUGACAAUGCAAUAUCUCCUUUACACUGGAGUCUUAUUUUCUUAGUGUCUCCUUUGCUAUUCAAAAAAGUGUGAAACUUCAUAAUUAAUUGGUCACAUGAGGGUGAGCUGAGAUUACACACCUUAAUAUCAGACUACCCAAUGUACACACACUGUAACACACUGAGCAAUACCUGGUGAAAGUCAGCGAAUACAAUUAUUUAGAAUCUGUGAUUUGUUUCCAGACAGUUAAUCAUAUUCCAUAAUGGCAUUCCUGUCUUUACUGUCAUCAAUAAUAUAAUCUAAGUGAUUAUGUGUUGUCUCCUGUUUUUGUCAACCACCCUAUAUUAAAAUGUUGGAGUUCA